AUGCCGCUCCCCCGCCGCGCCUUCCCCGCCACCCCGGUCCUGGCCGCCACGCCCCGGCCCUCGCGCAGGCGGGCUCGGCAGGGCCCGCUCGGCGCGCCUGCCACGCGGUUGUCCCGGCCACUAGGCUCCGACCCGGUCGGCGCGCCCUCCCCGCCACCCCGCCUCCGCGCCUAUCCUGGCCGCCACGCCGGCGCCCCGGCCACCCCCGCCAUGCCCCGGCCCGCGCGCAGGCGGGCUCGGCAGUCCCCGGUCGGUGCUCCCGGCCACCCCCGCCUCCUCUCCCUUCCUGGCCGGCUCUCGUCGACACGCCCGCCAGGGCUCGGCAGGCCGACGACGCCGGCCUCCCACGCCCCGGCCCGUGCGGCAGUGGCCGUCCACCCCGCCUCCGCGCCGCUCUCUGCCGGCCCCCGUCGACGCGGUCGCCCUCCACCGGCGCGCAUCGCCCACGCCCUCCACUUGGUUGCACUGCGCGAGCCACCGGCGCGGCACGCCCACGCCACCGGGCUCGGCACGGCCACGGUGCCGGCCACGCCCGCCCCAACCAACGCGCCGGACAUACCCUCUGCGCUCUCCACGCCUCCACGCCGGCGUGUUCGGUAUGCUCGCUCGCCACGCAGCCACACUCGCCGCUGCCGGCCAGGCUUUCCACGCGGGCGCGCUCACCACGGUCGCCAUCGAGUCCUAGGUGAAUUUGCAUAG